AUAGGACCACAUACAUGUUCGGAUGAGUCCAAUGAACGUCUAAUGGUUAAGGUGCUUCACACAAAAGGUCUAGCUAAAGGCAAUAAUGAGUGUAGGUGUGUCGUUGCACAUGAAAGAAGCUAGCUAGGGGGUAUUAGAAGGUGCCCUCUGUCUUUCACUUCAAUUUGUAUAAGUAAAAUAUUAAGGGAAUCCAUUAUGUUUAAUAAAUUAUAUAAACUGAAGCUAUACUAAAAACAUAUUAAAGUAUAUGUGUUUGAUCAAAUAUACUAAAAUCAGAAAAUAUAUAGCGCAUACAAAUUAACAGUUGAAUGAAAUUGUAAGUGGGUCCUUUGACAUUAAAAGCAAAAGAAACCCUAGCUCUUGAGAAGUUCGAAAAAAAGAUGUUCAAAUAUCACAAACUCUCUUCAAUAUUCCUCAUCAUCGUCAUCUUCCUCUCUUACCUGAUCAAAUCCCACAUCUUCAUCUACUAUGGAUGUUCUCAAGAAAAAUUCCAACCAAACACCCCUUCUGAAACCAAUCUCAACUCUUUACUUUCAUUAUUUGUUUCCUCAUCCUCCCAAGCCUUAUACAGCAGUUAUGCCAUUGGAAACGACACAAACGCAUCUUCAGAAUCUUCUGUUUACGGUUUGUACCAAUGUCGAGGCGAUUUAAGGACACAAGAUUGCGCAAAAUGCAUUAAAGAAGCAGUUUCUGAAGUAGGGUUAGCGUGUCCUUACUCAUAUAGUGGUAGUUUGCAGUUGAAUGAGUGUUUAGUGAGGUUCGAGCAUUAUGAUUUCUUUGGUGAGUUGGAUACGAACCUAAGGUUCAAGAAGUGUAGCAAAAGUGUGAGUCAUGAUGUGGAGUUUAUUAAGCGACGUGAUGAUGUAUUGAGUGAGUUGGGUGAGGCUAAUCAAGGGUUUAGGGUUGGUAGUGAGGGUUUAGUUCAAGGGUUUUCACAAUGUUUAGGUGACGUGAAUCCAAACGAUUGUAGUUCUUGUCUUGGUGAGGCUAUCUCGAAGCUGAAAAGCUUGUGUCGAUCAUCUGAAGCUGGGGAUGUGUUCUUGGCUCAGUGUUACGUGCGAUAUUGGGCAUCUGGUUACUACAAUUCUCCUCCGGAAUCAUCUGGUGGUGAUGAUAUUGGGAAAACAAUAGCCAUAAUUAUUGGAGUUGUGGCAGGUGUUGUAGCAUUUAUUGUGCUUCUUUCUUUUUGCAGAAAAUCAUGAGGUUAAUAAAGUAGCUAUGUAAGGGUGGCGUCUCAAAUGAAUUUGAAGCAAAGCUUGAUGCUUAAGUUAACCAAUGAGCAAUGCUGAUUUUGAAAUUACGACAAUGAAAUAUGUCUAGCAUUUAGCUGCCUUAAGUGUUACAAUCAUUUUUGUCGACCGUAUCAAUAUUUCAUAAAGAAAAUGUUCGCCUAUAUUUGUGUAUAAAAAAGUCAUGCAAAUGAAUAUGAUUAAAAUA